AUGAGCGACCCUAAACUGAGUUUUAGCGAAGCGGAAGAGGCGCGGAGUGAAGCGACGGAGCCGCUCGGCGCGCAGCAGGCGGUGAUGAUCUUCGUGAAGCGGCCGGCGCCGGGGCGCGUGAAGACGCGCCUGGCGGCCGGCGUGGGGGCGGACGCGGCGUGCAACUUCUACCGCGCGUGCUGCGAGCACGUCGUCACCCGGGUCGUGCUCUGCCCCGACCUGUACGUGACUAUAGCGAGGCGCAGAGCCCUCGGCAACCGGUGCUGUGGUGUGGCAGGCAGGCGGGCUUCCACGCAUGUCUUCAUCUUCUUCUCUGAGCCGUCGGAUGAAGGCGAGAUCCGACGGUGGAUGCAGCAGAUGCUGCCUUCCUCCACCUCCCUCCGCUUUGUGCCUCAGGUGGUGGUGAUCGGAACAGACAUCCCUGAUGUGGAUGGUGCAACUGUUGUUGCUGCGCUCUCUGCUCUUAAGCGGCACCGGGUGAGUGGAGGAGAGGGGAGUGGGGACACCAGGCAUCGAGUGAAGCACAGACAGGGUGCUGCAGCAGUCACUCUCUGCACGCCACACCAACCCAAUGCCUGCCAUGGUAUCACAGGCAUGCCUGCCCCCCUUCCUGGCCCCAUCCCCUUGCUCUCCCACCACCAUACCCCAUCAGGGCAUAGAGUGGAGCACAGACAGGGUGCUGCAGCAGUCGCUCUCUGCUCUCUCAGCACUCCACUCCAACGGGGUGGCUGA